GUACUAGGUGUGUAAUGAUAAGCAUUACGCAGAAAAUCAACAGAAAUUGAUAGAACCUAUCAUCAUGGUUGGGUAUCCGAUGGUGUUUUUGUUAGCUGCAGGUUCCUGUGGUUUUUUACUGUCAAACAAAACGGGAAUACUGUCUGGUGGAGGACAAGGCGUAGUCGAUAAUCAUUACCUCAGCUUGAUGGAUGCGUUGAGGGUACAGACACAUUCGCUUUCGCAGAUGGAAGCAUUCGUUCUUAAACAGCAAAUUGAACUUAACGCAAUGAAACAGGAAGUAACUAAACUGAAAGCCGGUUAUAAUACAACUGAGUCACAAGCUAUCGUUAUUCUGAAAAACGAAACCAAUAGUCUGUUGUAUGAUAACAAGAAGUUGCAAUUAAAUCAGGAUAUACUUACACAUACAGUUGAAGUGUUGAAUAGUUCGAUAACUUCAAUUCAAAAAGACAAUGAAGCUCUGAAACUGGACAAUGUUCUAUUGAAAGUUAAAACUGAUUUUUGGCAAAAUGAGACGGUUAAUCUAAAACAACGAUUCAGUACUUUUUUUAAUUCUAUUUCUGCGUCAGACCUAAGUAACAUAACAAAUUUACAACGUGAUGUGUUUUCAUUGCAAUCCAAAGUAUCUGAUAUUGGUUUGCGACAAAAAGUUUUGUCAUCGAAUGCAUUUUUUAGAAGUCAGGAUAUUCAUGCGUUAUCAAAUCAGAGUAAAGCCUUCCAGAAGAGGAUAGAACAUAACUUAUCAGUUAUAGGAUUACAAAGCAAUGUAUCACAAAACCGCCUCCAUGCUUCGGAACAUAACCAAGCGCAAAUUAUAGUCGAACUUAAAGACAUUGAGACAAAAUUGGAUCACAUGAAUGAAACCGUUGCUCUUACUGCAUGUUUUGUUUACGACACGACAUCCGAGGCAGGAACAAUUAAAUUUCCGGCAAUAAAAACAGCUAUUGGCAUAACCGACUUAUCAGGUUUCCAAAACACGGGGAAGUUUACGUGUGACAAAUCCGGAAUCUAUAUUUUUUCUGUCUUUAUUGCGCACGAUGGUAAGGAUUAUUUCGAAUAUUUUAUGAAUAAAAACACUAAUUCAUUAUCAAGAGUAAUUGUAAGCGGUGACACCCAAAGUUCAACACCCCACACAUACCACACAGGAUCUGGUACAGUUGUCGUUCAAAUGGAUGUUGGAGACACUUUACAUGCUUCAAUGACCAGCAGUGAAGAAAUUGAAGGACGCUAUUCAUGUUUGACUGUUAUAAAAAUAAGAUAA